AUGGCAAAUAUGAAUGUAUCGGACGACUUAUUACGAUGUCCCAUAACAAUGGAAUUAUUUCGUGAUCCCGUCUUAGCAUCAGAUGGUCGUACAUAUGAGAGAGAAGUGAUCGAAGAAUGGAUUCGAAACAAUGGCACAAGUCCAUUCACACGUCAACCAUUAUCUAAAGAAGAACUUUAUCCAAAUCGCAUUGUGAAAGACCUUAUUGAAGUUUUUGAAAGAUUAUUGUUUGAAAAAAAUUACCAAUUUAAAUUAGAUGUUGAUGUGAAAAAAAAGAGAGGACGACCAUUAUUUCAAACAAAUGGAAAAACAAUCUAUGGUGCAGAAUGGAUAUCAGAUAAUAAUAAUCGACCAGAAAUUAUUCUAUUAAAAAUUGAUGGUGCUCGAGCAAGAAAAGAAGCAUCUUUUUACGUGAAUUUAACUCGUCAUUCACAUAUCAUUCGAACAUUUGGUUUUGUAUUCGAUAAAAAUAAUCCCAAUCACAAUGAUACAAUUUUACUUUUACAGGAAUACGCACCUGAAGGAAGUUUAUAUGAGUUAUUACAGGAGCGAAGUACAGUUCCUCAUGAAAAAAUUCUUAUUCAGAUAUUUCUACAAAUUAUUGAAGGAAUGAUAUAUUUAGCAUUUAAUCACGUUAUUCAUGGUGAUUUAGCUUGUCGUAAUGUUUUGAUAUUUCGUUUUGAUGAAAAUCAACCUGAAAGAUGUAUUGUGAAAAUUACUGACUUUGGCCUUAGUCGACAUAGUCAACUAUAUUCAAUGGCACCAGGUAGUGCUGCAAGAACAACAUUGAAUAUCGUUCCUGUUCGAUAUGCAGCUCCAGAAGUACUUUCAUCAAAUACAACAUCAGAAGUUUACACUGAAAAAUCAGAUGUCUAUUCAAUGGGUGUCUUAAUGUGGGAAGCAUAUUCUCGAGGUACAUUACCAUGGCCAAAUAUCGAAGAUGAUAAUGACGUUAUUCAGCGUGUUAAAGAUGGCUGGUCUCUUCAAAAACAAAAUGAAGGGUAUUAUACAAACAUCGAAUACAAUCUAACUAGAAUUGGAAGAAAUGAAACACAACAGCAAAAGAAGGAGGAAGGUUUGAUUACAAGACAAAUACAACAACAACAGGAGUACUCAGAUAGGAAAUUUGCACAACAACAGCAGGAAAUUUUAGACAGAGAAUUAGCACAAGAAAUUGCAUUGCUCGAAAAACAAAAACAAAAAGAACAAUUCAAAUCAAUUGAACGAGUUGAACAAGCAAAAGUUCCAGUACCAAAGCAAGAGUCAUCAUAUAGUCUGAUGAGACUUCCCUGCAAAGGACGUGCUUGUGCCAGAUGUGCAAAUUGUCGUGAUUGGUACUGGCAGCCCUAUGGCAAAUAUGGAAAGGAUUAUACAAAACGUAGUGAUGCUACUUGUCGGAUAGAUGGUCACCAUCGUAUUAAAAGAAGUGAACUUGGUGAAGUUUUCUAUAGUAGUGAAGAUGGUAAUUUUGGUGGUAGUCGUAUUUAUCAAGAUGUUGAUUGUAAACGUUUUUAUAAUCAUAUGAGCUAUCGUUCUUUUGGUAGUAGUAAUGGCGGACAACUAUGUGCAUGUGAUGACAAUCAAUCAUAA